CAUCAGUAAGUAAUAAUUAGUACUCCCACAGAAUACUCAGGACACCAGGAACUCGGUUGACGGAUCCCCUCAUCGCUUUGCUUUCUUUCUUUCUUGUAUUUUGCUUCUGUCGUCUGCCAAUUUCCCACCCGGCGCGCCUGUUUAUAGCCCUUAGGGAUGUCAAAACGAAGGGGCAGUGAUGACCCAACGAGCCGCCCGUCCAAACGUCAGCGCCAGAAUGCCACCCCCCAAGGAGAUUACCUAUCGACAUUGAGCGAUGAGAUCUUGCUCGAAAUAUUAUCAUUUUUACCAAUAAAUUCCCUCGUUGUCUGUCAAAGACUUUCAAAACGAUUCCAUGGACUUGCUGGCGACUCGGAAUUGUGGAAGCAAAAGUACUAUGCAAGAUGGGUGCUACCAAGGUCACUUCGUGCGCUUCAGUUGAAACAUUCAAAAUCGACAUCAGGGAAUGUUUAUGUGCCCAGGAUCUCGAAAUGGCCGGGUCACGACCAUCUUGCCACAGCUGAUAAUCGGCCACAUUGGAAAACCCAAUAUCGAUUGAGACAUAACUGGUCAAAGGGAACAUGUACAUUUGGGGUACUUGAAGUAUCGCGGCCACCACUGCCUCAAAUACUUAUGAAACUGUAUUCUGGUGUGGUUGUUACUGCCGAUAAGGAACACGGGUUACGCGCUUGGUCCACUAGAGCUUCCAAGAAGCAACUGACUGCCCUGUCCUUUCUCAGCGCAGAUGAUAAGCCUACCGCACUAUUCAUGGCUCGGGGAUCUUCCAAGUCGAGUAUCGAGGUUACGGUUGGGUUUGAAGAUGGCCAUUUUGAUCUUUACGAUCUAAAUGUCACCCUUGCGAAAUUCGUACUGAGGUUUUCACAAGUUCCAUCUACUACCGGCUCAUCUAUCACUUCCAUAGCCUCGUCGCACCCGUAUAUACUUACAAUAUCACAGCACAGAGUCUUCUCCCUGUACAAACUUCAACAUCAGACUAUUCGACAGAAACAAAACACCAUCGUCACACCCAGUCUCCUAGCUUCUUUAGAGUCAAACAACAUGUUUUCGCCCAUGUCAUUGUCUUUAAGGUGCUUGGCAUCGGAAGUGAUAGCAUCAAUAGCAUACAGUUUCUUCCACAUCAGCAGUGGUUGGACUGUUGGCAUUCAAGAGCUCCGUUUCAACCAAGACGGUGAGCGUAUUGGGUCUCGUUUAGCCAGCACAGUGGCUUUUCAACCAGAAGAAAACAACAGGACCGGCCCUAUUGAUGCGCUGACCUUCGAUACUAGGGACACCGGCAACGCUCUAAUUGCCUCCCCUCACAGUCAUUCGAUACAAUAUCCAGAGGCUCCCACAUCCCUAUCCUAUUCACAUCCUUAUCUGCUGACUUCACACAAUGACAAUACAUUAACGAUGUAUCUUGUUGCUUCCUCUUCCGAAAAGCUGUCAAUUCGGGCUGGUCGCCGUCUUUGGGGCCACACAUCUUCAGUAUCGAGUGUGCAGGUGGGGGAUCGGGGCAAGGCAGUGUCCAUAAGUCCCCGUGGGAACGAGAUUCGUAUUUGGGAACUCGAAACGGCAGUUUCUCCUCGGUUCAAUCCUUGCCCGAGCAUGAAGGGGGAGUCAAGUGUGCGGAUCAGCUCCGAAAAGCCUACUGCUGAGGCUGCCGUUUCUGUAGAAACCACUUCCGGGGCAAUACAUUGGGGUCGUGACACCGUUCAGACAGAACCCGAGGCAAUGUUAUCAACGAGGGCUGAGGGCUGUGUGACCUUUGACGAGGAGCAAGUGGUUGUGUUACGCGAAAGAGGCUGCAGGGCGCAGCUUCUCGAGUGCUAUGACUUUACAUGACGAUUUACAUGAUACUCAAAUCUAUUCAAUUUACUAGUUUAUAAAUAGUUAGAUAUUAGUCUCAGCACUCGAGUUGGUUUUUCUCAGUUUGCGAUGGUGCAGACUACUAUAUCCAACUGAUUCGUCAUCAUCGCGAUCUAGAUGAGAUAACCACCAAGUCGGCCAGAGAUAUGGCUACACGGGGAUAGAAUUAGAAAAAUCGUAGUGACCAGUGCUGUUGAAACAUUAGACAAUGACACG